AUGGCGUCUCUUGUACAGGGAAAUAACAACAGUUUAGUAUCCAAAAUAAGGGCAAUCGAUCCUUAUCUUAAGAAAGAGCAAGAACAAGCUGUAGAAAAACUCUUACUUGGUGACGAUGUCCUCGCUAUUUUACCCACAGGUUUUGGCAAAAGUAGAAUUUUCCAAGCAUAUUCGCGUGUGAAAGAUAACGAAAUGAAUGGUUGUUCGGUUGUUCUCGUCAUUGCCCCUCUAUCAAGCAUAAUUGAUGACCAGAUAACUGCUUUAAAGUCUUCUGGUUACCCUGCAACCGACGUGAAAUUUUUACAACAUGAAGAUCUGGACAGAUGCGAUUUUAAAGUACUGUUUAGCUCAGCAGAAAACGUGUUAACAACGAAAUUUCAAGACCACCUUCUCAAUCGUCAAUCAGAGCUUCAUAAGCGAGUCUGUUGCAUUGUGGUGGAUGAAGCACACACAGUAGAAACUUGGACUGGAAAAAGGUGAGCAUAAAUAUAAUUCCAACGGCAACACUGUGUCACAACGUCGUAUAUUUGAGUGAAUCAGUGAAUGAAGCGAUUUAAAUUAAUAUUUAAUCUAAGAAUUUGUACUCAUGCAUUCUCAUACUUCAUUUUUAAGGAAAAAACGUAUGAAUUCAAGAAGAAAACCAGACGAUAUAUUUAGAUGUGCGUUUGGAAAGUUGGCUACCCUUCGUUCUUUCUGCAGAGAAGGUAAACACCGUUCAAUUAAAUUAAUUAAUUAUCACAUAGAAUCGUGUUUUACAGGACAAGACAUCUGCGUACGGGACUGAUGUGGGGGCAGUUGAAAGUUUCUCCAAAUUUGUAUGGUGGAUUGUAAUGAAAUUUAUACCCGACUUUAAACUAUUUUCUGAUAAAUCUGCCCGAAUUGUCUUCAUUUUACCUAGCAAUUGCCAGAAUUUCCACGGUUUUCUAAAAUUGGGGGGGGGGGGCUGUCUUGUACACCUGUGACAACAGAUGAUUUGCCAUGCAUCGCUUUCUGCUGCGUUAUAAUUAAAAAUUUACAUAUCAAUGACAAUGUUGUAUCCACAAAAUUUGUAUGAUAAUGUAGUUAACUUUUCGUAAAGAUUAUCCGAGGGAGUAAGUUAAUACUACUAGUACAUUGGCAAAUUGCAGAGUGUUUCACUAAACAAUAUUUAUCUAAUUUCUCAGUUGUAACCAUGGUUGUAAGAAAUAGAAUUGUGUUAGCUCUGUAAUGGCUAAUUCUGUAUUACUGAUGUUAUUAUCUUUUGUACAAACUGUUUUGUACAAGCUGUUCUAUUAUCUUUUGUACAAGCUGUAUAAUUAGUUACAAACAGAUACAGAAAAAAAAUUAAUUUCGAUUUACUCUUAUUUCUCAAGUUUUGCUUCAAUAGGUACUCCUGUACUUGCACUAACUGGGACUGCUGAUGGUAUGACACAGAAAACAAUAUGUGAACAGUUAAUAAUGAAAACCCCACAUAUUAUCAACAUUAGUCCCAACAGGAAAAACCUAAGAUUCUCAGUGCAAAAAUGCUCAAAAAGUGAUAGGCACAAACAGCUGGAUUGGCUUGUUGAAUUGGUUAAAAAUGUCAUCGAUAAAUCAACAGAAAAGAUACCAAAAACCAUAAUAUUUUGCAAUUCACUUAAAGAUAUUGCAGUGGUUUUAAAUUAUCUUCUUCUUAAACUUGGUUUAUAUGCUUAUGGGAGGUCUAAGAAAAAUACUCCUGAGAACUUGGUAAUUGGCAUUUUUCAUUCAUUGUCAUGGCCGCAUUGUAAGGAACAAAUUCAACAAUCAAUUAGACAAGAUGGAAUUCAGAGGAUCAAUGUUGCAAGCUCAGCUUUGAGUAUGGGUGUUGAUUUCCCCAACAUUAGAUAUGUGAUAAAUUGGGGUCCUGCUCGUUCUUUAAUUGAGCAGCAUCAGGAAGCUGGACGAGCUGGUAGAGAUGGUACACAAUUCCACAUAGUAAUAUGCUACCAUGGAAAUCAGUUAAGCAAAUGUGAUGAAGAUGUCAAAAACUUUGUCAAAACAGAAGGCUGUUUUCGAGUUGCAGCAUACAAGCCAUUUGAUAAAACUAUUGCACCCUUAACUGUUCAUCACAAUUGUUGUUCAAAUUGUGCAAGAAACUGUUCCUGUCAACAUAAUGGGUGCAACAUCAAACUUCCUUUUGAAGAUGAAGUGAUUGGGUCAGAAGAUCAGGUGUCCAUGACCAGGGUAGUUACACAAGAAGACCGAAAAGAUGUUGAAAAUGCAUUUCUUGAGGUAUUCAAAGAGCUAUCAUCAGGUCAAAUUUGGUUUAUGUCAUGGUUUUGCUGGUGAGCUGGUAAAUAGCAUAUUUGAAAAUUGUCAUAAGCUGUUCACCAUUGAUAACAUUAACACUUAUUUGCCAGUUUUUUCUCUCAGUCACACUUUAAAAUUUUUAGAAGUUUUGCAUGAAAUUUGUGAUGACAUUUCAGCAAUAGAUACUAUUUUAGAAAUGAUGCAAGAUUUUGACCCAUUUUUUCAGGCUGAGGAGUCAAUCCUUGAUAUGUCUGAACAGUACAACUAUGAAUUUGAUGAAUCAGACUCAAGUAAUAGUUUAGAUACUGAUGAAUGUUAA